AUGGCGUCUGGUUUCGGCGAGUUAGUCUUAAUAGUAGGGGAUAGUCAUAUUCCAAAUCGAACUUCUGACCUUCCUGAAAAGUUUCAAAAGAUGCUUAUGCCAAAUAAGAUGCAGCAUGUUUUGUGUACGGGAAAUUUAGUGACAAGAGAACAGUUGAAUGAGUUGCAGAAAUUAGCGCCCAAUGUUCAUGUUGUGGCAGGAGAUUGCGAUCAAGAAGGAGCAUAUCCAGAUACAAAGAUUAUCACGAUUGGUCAGUUUCGGAUUGGGCUCUGUCAUGGACACCAGAUUGUUCCAUGGGGUGAUCAACAUUGUCUUGCAGCUUUACAACGAAAGAUGAAUGUCGAUAUUCUUGUUACUGGUCAUACUCACAUAUCACACAUUCGAACGGAACAGGGCAAGUGGUUUGUAAAUCCUGGUUCGAUUACUGGUGCGUUCAGUAGCUUUUCCAGCAACGUGAUUCCGAGCUUUAUGCUUAUGGCGUUGCAGGGAUCGAAGGUUGUUGCAUUUCUGUAUGAGCUCAAGGGCGACAACGUUAUUGUAUCCAAAAACCAUUGCGCUGAAAAGUCCACAAGGAUCCUGUAUCGUUCCAGUGUCGCUAAUAUGCUACUACUUGAUAAUGCUGAAUAA